AUGGUCGAUAUCGUUGGACUUGGGCAUGGUGUUGUCGUAUUGGACUUGAUGAAAAAAGCGAUUAUCCUAUAUGCCAUGACAGGAAAUCCGACAACAUUUGUUAAGGACAUUAUGUCUUUGGGUUUCGCCCACAUGAAAACCUCAGUUUCAAUGCGACCAUGCCAGGACUUAUUUGGGAGAAAUGCAUUGCGAAUUUUCUGGAUGAGACUUUUUAAAAGCAAAAGAGCUUUAUCCUCGCAUGAAAAGCUGUUGCCUACCCACAGCUACCUUCAGGAAGAUUUUGAACAACCACUCCAGCUCUUGCCAUACGGUAAAGAAUGUGUGGGUCAGAUAUCUGCAGAAAUUACUACGUCUGGAGAUUAUGUUGAAAGCAAUGGAACAAAAAGCCUAUAUCCUAAACAUUCAGGUCAGGUUAAGAUCGAAGGUGAGCCUAAAAAGGCUUGUAAAACUGUUGAUACAGACCAGAUGUUUACAGACAAGGACUCGAUUCCUCUUGAUGAGAAGGUUCAUUUUGAAUUGCGUGAAAUCUACACAAAACAGUACUGGUAUGAUCGAAAUUUACCGAUGGUUGUUACCUAUCCUUGUAAAUUAUCAAGGAAAAGAAAAUUUCAGGAAACACAUGGUGUAUCAAAGAGGAAGUGCAUAAUACCGAAAGUGAUUAUUGAUAAGGAGAAUGCAAGCGCAUUGCUUAAUUAUGAAUGUCAAAAGUGUAUUAAAGGAUUGAAGCAGCACCAGCAAGUGUUUGAUUGGGAUGGUAGUGAUGAAGUAAAGUUUCUUGUGAAGUGUAAAAAUUGCAAUUAUUAA